CGGCGUCGUCAUGCCAUCUGGAGAAGUUCAUGAAGUGGCCCGACCAGUCGGUGGCCGAUCAGAGUGGGAUGAGGAGGCGCGCCGCUCGCAGGCGCCUACAGCGGAGACAGCGACUCUGACCAACGGCAGGGCAGAAUGGCGCACGACCUCUCCGACAAGGAGAUCGUCAAGAUGGAGAUCGAGCAGCUGAAGAAAGAAGUGAAAACUGAGCGCAUGGUGGUGUCAAAGACAGCCAAAGAAAUUGUCGAAUGGAUCGAGGCAAAUGCUGCAGAGGACCCUCUCCUCAAAGGUGUCCCCGAGGACAAGAACCCCUUCAAGGAGAAAGGCGGCUGUACGAUUACCUGACCCAGAGCGGCUCUCACAAGAACGUGCAAGGAGAACUCGGUUCAGUUUGUCUCAUUUUACAUCUACUUUAUUAAACACUCAUACAACAAAGAAACCAAAUAGUUUAGGUUGUAAUGGCCGAGUCGGCCGUGGAGCAGCAGUAGAGUCCAACAGGAGACUGAGAGCGGUGGCCUGUCCCACCAGGAGGUGCAGCAGCAUAU